AUGCCCGGUAUCAACGAACAACCACCAUUCAAGGUCCUCAUUGUGGGAGGAUCGUACGCGGGAUUGGCCGCGACCCUGAAUCUGGUUGAUCUGUGUCAGGGCCGAAAGUGUCGAUUCAAUGUCGAUGAAGCUGCCAAGGCCCCUGAGCACAAGAUCCCGGUUCAGGUCACGAUCGUGGACGAGCGCGAUGGUUACUUCCAUAUCAUCGGCCAGCCUCUCGCGAUAGGAUCCAACUCCGCCGCUAGCACAUUUUGGCAAAAGUUCGAAGAUAUUCCCGCACUCCAAUCUCCGGACAUAAACCACAUCCAGGGACGAGUGGAAUCUGUUGAUUGCAAGUCGCGCACCGCGCGCAUCGCUCAGAGCGCAGGUGAUGAGGGCCAUAAGAUCAUUGAACACAAGUAUGACUACAUGGUGGCAUGCUCGGGUUUGCGGAGGGAGUGGCCGAGCGCCCCCAAAUCGCUAACUCGGGAGGCAUACCUUGCAGAGACAUCAGAGUCUGCACAAACAAUCGAGAAUGCUACCGCUGGUGUUGUGGUAGUCGGAGGUGGUGCUGUUGGCAUCGAGAUUGCCGCUGAAAUCAAAAUGCUUCACCCCAAACUCAAGGUCACGCUGGUUCAUUCCCGCCAGCAACUGCUCUCUUCUGAGGACCUGCCAGUUGAAUUCAAGGAGAAGACCCUUGAGAUGCUCAAGGAAUCCAAUGUCGAGGUUGUCAUGGGCGCGCGUCUCCAAGACACCGUACCGGCGGAUGAAUCCACAUCCGCGAAGCUGAGAUUAAAGCUCUCAGACGGCCGAGAGCUCUUUGCCGAUCAUGUCAUCAAUGCUGUGUCUCGAUUCACACCCACAUCCUCCUAUCUUCCGAAAGAGGCUUGCGACCCCGAGGGAUACGUUCGAAUUACAGCGGGUCUGCAGUUCUCGGGUGAUGUUCCUAACAAGGAAUUCCACUAUGCGGCAGGUGAUCUUGCCUGCUGGUCAGGUAUCAAGCGUGGUGGAGCGGCGAUGCACCAUGCGCACUUUGCGGUCGUGAACAUUCACCAACGAAUGAUGGCGCAGCUGUAUAAAACCGAGACCAAGUUCAAUGAGCUGGUUGAAGUUGCCCCUAUGAUGGCACUCGCCCUUGGAGAGACUGCCGUUGGAUAUUUCCCAACCAUGGGACUGACAGUGGGUGAUACUAUCCGCAAUAUGUUUUUCAAUGACGAUCUGGGCUACGGAAGUAAGUUAAUCAAUAGAAUUCUAAUCACAUUUCCCCUGGAGCUGCUGCUAACAGAAAUAGUUUGCUGGAGAUGGAUGCGUCUAGGAGAACCAACAGCAUAUAAACUUUAG